AGUUCAGUUCAAAUUUAUACUCGCUAGCAGUCGCAUAGCUCUUUCGACUUCCUGUAUACAAAAAUAUAUUUGUAUUUUAUACUUUUCUUUUCUAACUCAAAAAAAUCAUCAACUUGUUUCGUCGCGAUUUGUGCCAAGUUAUUCGUGCGGCUUACUAAUUUCCAGUGAUUUAAUUUAUGGAUGCCAAACGUGGUAAUGCCUCUGGGGCACGCCAAGGAGGCGGCGGCGGCGGUGGUGGCUAUCAUGCCUCCAAGACGAGCGUUGCUUCACGCCAUGCCGGUGGAGGAGCAGCUGUGGGCCACAAGCAGGCCAGUCAGGUCAGUCUGACCCCGAGCCAGGCCAGGAACCCGGAAAAUCCUCGCAAGAGUCCCUUGGAUGCCCUAAGUCGCAGCGGCCCGGUACGCAACCAGAAUCCCUUCCAGCGUCGUUCUGGUUUGCAAGAUGUCGAUGAGGCCUUCCUGGCUUCGAAUGCCUUUGCUCGCCCGUCGAGGGUUCGUCAUUCCGGCCUGGAGAGGGAUAAUAUGGCGCAGGCUGCUGCAGGAGGAGCCCAAGCUGGACAGCAGGGUGCGGCGGCAGUGGCUCCCAUUCGAGUUCCUGGUGGACAGGAUCCCAAUCAGCAGCAGCCGCAGUAUCAGCAGAUGCCUCCAGUGGAUGCCGUGCCCCAGCAGCAGCAACAGCAGCAGAUGCCUCCGGCUGCGGUGCCCUCCCAACAGCAAUUGCAACAGCAGUACAUGCAACAACCUGCUGCCGGGCAGCCCACUCGAAUGGAUCCACCGCCCUCGGGACGUGCUCAUGUCCAUCAGCAGCAAAUGCUGCACCAUCAACAGAUGCAAAACCAGCAAGUAAUGCCACCACAGACUGGCUACGAGCAGCAGCAGCAGCAGCAAGUGAUUCAACCAGAUGCCCAAAUGCAAAAUAAGUAUGCAAACCAGCAGCAGCAACAUCAGUUGCAGCCGCAACAUCAGAUGCCCCAGCAUGGAUAUCCCACCCAGCCACCGGCAGCCGGUGCUCCAGCAGCAGCAGCAGGUGCUCCACCAACAGCCGGCGGUGCAGGAGGAUUAGCAGCUGCUCCAGGAGCCGGAGGAGCUGCCGGCAAUAAUGCCGCCCGAGAAAGCGGUGGUGGUGCGGCUGCAGCCCCACCGGAUGCAGAGAUGUGCACCACUUGCCCGAACUGCCAGACCACCAUUUACCUGGUCCGAACACCAGAAAUGGGUCACGGAGAUGCCGGCUUGCCUGUUCAGUAAAAUAUAAAAUCAAGACCGAGUGAAAUGCACCAAAUUUCGAGUGCCAGACACUACGAUUUCUUUUUUCGUUUUGACCGUUGUUUUGUUUUAACUCACCGACGGUAGAGAGGAUUACAACACUGCAACCUUUAGGACAAAUCUGUAAAUUAAACGCUUCCAAGUGAAGAAAUUCAAACGUUA